AUCAACGCUUACAGGAUUGGAGUGACAUUAGAGAUGAAAUGAAUGAGGCUUUUAUCAGUUCAGAGGCUCCAUCAACUGAUACCUGCCAUGAAUGUCAAAAAAAGUCCCAGCUCUUCAAAUGCAUUGAUUGCACACCAUGGGAAAUGGUAUGUGAAGACUGUUUAGGUAGGAGACACCAGUAUCCUCAUCUGCACAUGUUUGAAGCAUGGAGGAAUGAAGCAUUUGUUGGGGCCCUCUUGAAAACACCGUCAUGGAUCUUGUCGUCACAUAGUGAUUGUGACACAAAUUAUUUCAAGAAUAUUGUUAUCAUUGAUGUGAAAGUACCAUCAACAAGUCGGGCACAGACAGCAUUGCCAUUGAAAGAAGAACAGAAAUAUCCACAUGACAUUGAGAUUGAUCAUAGUGAUGAUAUUGAAGAGACACUGCCUCCUGGACAGCUUCAAGAAGAUAUAACAUACAAAAGAUUGAAUAAGACCAUUGAAAGAAUUGAAAGCAGACUGAAAGUUAAAUAUACAAAGACCGACAUAUUGUUCACAAGUCAUCUGUCAAGCGCAAAAGAAAAAAACAGACUUUUUAUACUAACAAAACUGCAGAGGUCUACCAGUGAGAGGCACUUCCUGUUAGAUCUGAUAAAGAAAUAUGCCAGAGGACAAGCUAUUGCAAUUCGCUUGUCAAAGCAAGUACAGAAGGUAGUGGCCAAGAUCAAGCAGGCCUUGGCAGAGUACAAUUUGGUUGGAGAGCCAUCCACUUCUUUUCCACUUAAAUUAAAUUUUGAUGAUAUUAAAAACCAGGAUAAUGAAAUUUGGCAGAAACUUGAAGUGACAGACCGAGCUGAUAGUUUAUCAGCUGUGAAAAGACAGGCUAUUCAGCUGAAGUCCAUGAUUGAUAGAGCCAAGGAGGAGCAGUGUCUUGUAAAACAAGAAAUGGUAUCUACAAUAAAAUGGUACAAACAUCAACAUUCACUGCUAAUUGCUUCAAUGAAUAAUGCUACAAAAGGAAGAAAAGCGUGCCUAGUGAAGGAAGGAUUAUUCAUUGAAGCAAAAUUGUUGGAAUUUAUCAAAUCGUUUGAUGAACAUAUUGUAGAGGAAAGUGUGCAAACAAUAUUCUUUUCUAUUGUUGGAUUAGAUAAAGAUGUGGUUGAGGGAAACGAUUUCGAUUUACCUGACUUUGAUGAAAAUGUUCUUAUAAAUGUAGAUUUUGUUGAUGAUGAUGAUGAUGAUGAUGAUGAUAAUGAUGAAGAUGAUAUAAAUGUUUUAAACUUCAAUGAAGAGAAUUUAAAUUAUGAAGAUUUUGAAGAUGACAAUGAUGAAGAUUUACAUGAUAUUUAGACUAUCAAUUUUUAUUCAUUUAAUUGAUGAAUUUCAGACAAUAACAAUAACAGUUGUAAGAAACUUCAAAUUGUUGAUUUACAUGCAAUACUGUUCAAGUGAAUUAUUUAUUUUUUUUAAUUCUGUGAAAAAUUAAAUUAAAAACAUUUCAAGCCUAUACUUUUAUUGUAUGACAAAAAUAGAAAUUGUAGCACAUAUGGCGAAAUGUAAGGUAAUUUUUUAAUAGAAUUUUUAUUACUUGACGUAAAGGAUGUAUUCUUUUGAGGUUUCUGUCUCGUUAAAAUCUCAUUCUGGAAUUAUUUCAAAAACAUGUGAAACAAGUGGAAAAUAGCAAUGAAUUUAAUAAAUAUCUAAUCAAAGUUAACUCUGUGAAAAAAUUGUGUAUCUACAAUUAGUAGUUUUUGAGUAUUAUACAUUUUUCAAAUUCUAUUACCUAUCAAAUCAGUCUUUUUAGCCAAAAUUUUGAGAAAAUGGGUGAGGAGUACAAGAAAUGAUUUAACCAGAAACAUGUACAUCCCAUAUCACUUUUUUCUUUUCAAAUUUCUUUGAUAUGUAUUUUUUAAUCAUUUAUAACAAAGAAGUUGAAAUAAUAUGCAUUUUGUUCUUAAAACAGAGAAAAAUAACAAAUUGACAAAAUUGUAAGCAAGGUAAAUUUAACAUGAAAAAGCAUCAAAAUAUGAUAAAACUUUCUUAUAGUUUUUUUCAAGUUAAAUUCAUUCAGAUUGGUCCCCUUCAUCUUUACUGAAAGUAUGAAAAAAUUUUAAUUGUGGAACUGUGAUUUUGUUCACGAUAAUAGCCCCAAAAUGGGACAAAAUUGAAGAAAAAUUGGAAAAUCGUCAAAAUUGGGUACUUUCAAAUAGCCGUAGCAAAAAAAAGAAGUGCACUACCAUAUGCUAUUUUGUUCCCCAAUUUUUUUUUUAUAGUCAUAUAAACCCAAAAAUCAGGUUUAGAAAAAAAGUUUAAUUCUAGAAAUUUUUGGCUCCUCAGAGGUGUACAUCCUUAAGUCUUUUUUCUCUUACAAAUUGUUUCAGCAAAUAAGUAUCAUUUUUCAUAUGUCUGUUUUCAGAGAAAAUGGAAAAUUUAGCAAAGAACUCAUAAUUUGCCUAAUGAACCACAUUUUUUGGGGAUAAUUGCCCUUGAACAGAUGUGUGUUAUUUUUUUCUUGAUUAUGCACAGUGGAAUACUAUAUUCUCAACAAUGAUUUUCUUAUUUUUUUUGAAAAUAGAAAACUUAUGUAUUUUGAUUAAAAUGAUGAAUGAUAAAAAAAAAUUGCAUUCAUGUAUGUAUGCCAGGGUUUUUGAUAUCACAAAUAGUAAAAGCAUUCACUACAUUUUAUCAUCAGUAUAAGGACAUCAUUCGUAAAUAUAAAUCAACAUGCAGACAUCUUAUAGGUUCAGGUAUUUCACAUCCAAUCUUUUAUGGUAAUAUUCUUUACAAAGCACAAAAAUGUGGACAUUUACCUCAAAAGCU